GGGGAAAAAAGAAGACGAGAUUAACAUUUGAGGACAACCCUAUUUAAGACACAGGGGCAAGAGCCACAGGACCAGAGCUGCUUCAGACAUUUAGAGAUCAAGAAGAAACGCAGUACAAUUCCCAAGCGACUCAACAGCUUGAAAAGCGGACGUCUGCGGUGCAUCCACCAGACAAUGCAGCUGGUUGUCAUGGCGGCAGUGCUGGCACUGGCGGAUGCGAGGCAGAGUUGCAGCUUUGGCUGUAAACCGAGAAACGUCAAUAUCUCUGUGGAGAGCUGUGGCAAAAUGGAGUCGGUCUUCACCACCAUAUGUGAAGGACAGUGCUACCAUGAGGAUCCAGUCUACAUGUCUUGGUACCAGACCAAACAGAAUGUCUGCAUUGGGGAUUGGUCCUAUGAAGUAAAACACUUCAAAGAUUGCCCAGUGGGUGUUACCUACCCUGUGGCCAAAAACUGCAAGUGUACCACAUGUAACGAAGACCACACAGACUGCGGACGUGUUCCUUGGGUCAUACCCAGCUGUUUAGCUUCUUACCUCCCUUAAUUUGAGCAUUGAAGCUUGGCAUACUGUAUAAGA